GAUUGAAGAUUCAGAAAAGGUCAAUGAAAGAUCGGGUGAAAGAUUGAUAAAAGGUAUUAUAUCAAAUAUCAUUAUCAUUAAAGCUCUUUGUCUGUUUAUGUUAAAACGGUCUGAUUUUCUAACUGGACUUUUAGUGCCGGCAAGA